AAACGAAUGAGCCACUUGAAGAGAGUUCAAUCUUUCAGAGUGAGCGGCAAGCUCCCCAAUUCAGUCCUUGACGCCUAUAUUUCGACAGUCCUGGGGUGACAGGCACAGAUUUCUUCUUUGGGCAUUCGUUUGCGUUGCUUUUCAUUGUGCAUUAGUCUAAACUAUUCGUCUGGGUUCUCAUUUCCGCGCACUGCCUUGAAGAGACUCCUUGAGUGUCACAUUUGAUGCCUCGCAAGGUGCCUGCUCCGCCAGUAAACCCAAUUCUCAUCCCGGACCUCCCGCGGGCAGAUGAACAGGCGCUUUCUAGCUUCAUUGAGAUUCCUGGGAACAUCUACCAAAACUCUUCCCUUGGUAGAUGGCAAAAUCAGGACGAAGGAACCAGUUGUGACUGUGUUUAUACCCCAGGCCGUAGUGAAAGCUAUUUAGCAUGUGGGGAUGGUUCAGAUUGUAUCAAUCGCCUUACUCUCGUCGAAUGUAUCGAAGGGGAUUGUCCCUCUCGUUCACACUGUCAGAACCAACGGUUGCAGAGAAAGUACUAUGCCCCGAUAGGAGUCGUGCUAACCGAGAAGAAAGGUUAUGGGUUACGGGCGGAAGAGGACAUCGCGAGCGAUUCUCUUAUCUACGAGUACAUCGGUGAAGUAGUACAAGAGAGGGAAUUCCUAAGACGUAUGCAAAAGUACGCCCAGGAAAGCAUACAACAUUUUUACUUCAUGAUGCUCCAAAAGGAUGAGUUCAUUGAUGCCACCAAGAAGGGAGGUAUUGGGCGGUUUGCGAACCAUAGUUGCAAUCCAAACUGCUAUGUAUCCAAAUGGUUUGUUGGGAACCAUGUGCGGAUGGGAAUAUUCGCGAAACGUCGUAUCUUCCAGUAUGAAGAGCUCACUUUCAAUUAUAACGUUGAUCGUUACGGUCACGAUGCUCAGGAGUGUUUCUGUGGGGAACCCAAUUGUGUCGGAUACAUCGGUGGGAAAACUCAGACAGACAUCGGAGUAAUGGAUGAUCUAUACCUUGAUGCACUUGGCAUCACUGAAGAUGUUGAGCAGCUCGGCCUGAAAGGGUCGAGACGGAGAAAGAGUAGGAAACUCGACGAGGACUAUGUUCCCCCGCUCAAACCAAUAUCGGAAGAAGAUGUCCCUACACUAUGUCAGGCGAUACGUGCGGCUUCGAGCUCGAGCAAGAAUAUGCUGCCCCACCUGCUAAAUAGGCUUAAGGUAACGGAGGACACAAAUGCCCUACGCGGAAUGAUGCGAUUACGUGGCUUCAGUCUUAUGACUACGUUACUUGGGGAGAACGAACACGACUUGAAUAUUUGUAAAUCAAUACUGGAGUCUAUAGAGAGAUGGCCCUUGCUGAAUCGAAACAAAGUGGAAGAUUCCAAGAUCGAGGAACCCGUCAGAAAGUUGACAGCUUCGGAAGACAGCGCGCUUGCAGAAAAGGCGAAAUCGCUUCUUGCUCUAUGGACUUCAUUGAGCACUGCGUAUCGGAUACCAAGGCGGCCGACAAGGAUUCAAGAUGAGGAUGGGGAACCCAUUCGGGUCAUUGCCGUCACCGAACGCCCUGAAAAGCGAGUUAUCACUGACGACGAAGCCUGGCAAGCACCAACGUUUAAGUUGACAAAGCUUGAAGAGCCUCAGCCAUCCCCACUUCCGCCUGAAAGCCCAGCAUAUUUACCUACGUUCACAUUCCCCACACUCGCGGGCCCGUCAAAAACUCAGUUGCAGGAGAUCAUUGCCCAGGCUACUCAGGCUGCUGCACUAGCUGCCGAGGCAGCACAGCGAGAAGCUGAGGAGGCUGAGAAGGAGAAACUUGUUGCAGAUGCUGCAAAGGCCAAGGCAAAAGAGCGUUACAAGAAGAAGAAAACAGUAAAGAAUGACCCAGGAACUCGGUUACUCAAGCUUGUGGGCGAGGUGGUGGUGAGGUACAUGUCACGAUAUCGUGAUCUAAUGCACCAUGACACCUUCAAGAAGCACGCAAAGGAGUUGACGCACCUAAUUACGGGCAAGGAGAUGAAGUCAUCUAGCUUCAAGGAUGGGAAAGUGGAGUCUUUAUCCGACGAAAAGCGCAAGAAGAUGAAGAAGUACAUCGAAGAGUACGUUCAGAAGCUCCUCAAGAAGCUAGAGGCAAGAGGGAAACUACUCAAACCGAGAUCUAAUGGUGAUUCUAGGAGCAUAUCGUCCUCGAAAGAUGGAUCCACUCCAACCCUGAACGGACAUGACUUAGUCAAUUGUACCGAGUAUGACCUGCAGAAUUUUGUAGAUGAUCUGGUAGACGACGAAGGUGAAGGUCCCGAAGGUGAGGAGGAGGGCAGCUCCACGUCGGCGCCGCCCCACGAUCACCGCACAGUCUCGAAUACGCGUAGUCCUGUGAUGUAUUCGGGGUCAUGACAGUAGACGUUGGGGGGAUGUUAUUCUACAUAAACUUAUUCGUGUUUCAUACUAUGGGUGCGUGCGUUUACGGUGCUACAAUACAUUGCAAGAUUAAGGUAUCUCAAUGGUGGGUGUCGAAGGGUCCAUGUGGUUUGGAACAGAUUAAGUAGAGAAUAACAAGUUGUUA